AUGAAAAUAAAAAGCUGGUGUAAACCACCUUUAAAAUGUUCUUACAGUAUUCCAGAGAUUCCCAAAUCAUAUAAGAUAUUUGGUAUGCAGUACCCGUCUAAAGAAAAUUCAUUAACAAAUAUAAAAGAGAUGGUUAAAGAAAGUUUCAAAAAAUAUCUAGAACUAUUAGAAACACUAGAUCCAAAAAUGAUUGAAGAAAUAGAAAGUAUACAUCUUAAAAUUAAUGAGAUUUUAAAUGACAAUAAACAUAAAGAAGUAAGUAGUAAACUAAAUGAUAUAAAAAAUGAAACAAUAAAAAAAAAGAAUGAAAUUUUGGAUUAUUUAGAAAAAAAAAUAAUGUAA